AUAACCAUGUUCGUAUUUAGCGCCAUUGAAGCAACUUCAAGUUGAUAUCUCGAAUCUCGAUUAACUAAAAUGGCACCGCGUAGGUUUCUUCGUGUAAUGUCAAUGGAAUGCAUUCUUGUGAUUAUUGAAGAAAAUUAAAAAAGAAGAACGACGAGAUGGGCAUAUUUUUCACUAAGAAGAAACCACAGAGUCGCAUUACCGAACAAGACAAGGCUAUCUUGCAAUUGAAACAAACUAGAGACAAAAUCAAACAAUAUCAACGUCGAAUCGAACAAACUCUUGAGAAGGAACGACUUCUAGCUAAAAAACUUAUACAAAAUGGACAGAAAGACCGGGCUUUAUUAUUGCUGCGUAAAAAAAAAUUCCAAGAGCAAAUUCUGUCAAAGAUCGAUGGUCAGCUAGAAAAUCUAGAAAUUAUGGUACAUGAUAUAGAAUUUGCCCAAAUAGAAAUUAAAAUUGUUGAUGGCCUAAAAGAAGGAAAUGCUGCUUUGAAGAAGUUGCAUGACAUUUUUUCUAUUGAUGAAAUCGAGAAGGUUAUGGAUGAAACAAGGGAAGGCAUUGAAAAACAAAGAGAAUUGGAUGAAAUAUUAUCUGGUGAACUUACGCAAGAAGAUGAAGCAGAAGUAGAGGCAGAAUUGGAUGUUCUAUUGAGUGCAGAAAUAAAAGAAGCUGCACCAGAAAUACCAGAUGAAAUAACAUUGCCAGAAGUACCGACAAACUUACCAGAAAGGAGGAAAGAACGCGUAAAGGAAAAAAUGCAAGAAGCAAUUGCUUUAGAAGCGUGAAAGACAAAUGAGUAAAACUUCGACUACUUCAAAACUAUGCAAAAAUUCUUUGUACAUAUGUACAGUGUAUAAUGUUAAGAUGUUAAUUAUAAAGUCAAUAACAUUUAAUUGAAAACUAAAGUUGCUUCUAUUGUAUCUUUUAAAUGACAUAAUCUAUUAUUGUGGAAAAUACAAUAUUAGUAAAUAAACUGUGUGGUGUUUUAAAAAAUAAGAUAAUAAUUGAUAAAAUUACAUAACUUUUUACAUAUAAAAUAGUUUAAUUACAGGUAUGUUAAUUACACUUGCAUAUCCUUAUAAUUAUGAGCUAUACUUUGUUCUCAAUUUUCUAUUAAAAAAUGUUUAGAAAUAAAUAUAUAAUUACUAAUUUCCGAAAAGAAUAAAUUCAUUAUCGUCGUUGUUUAUGAUUUCAACAGAAUUCAAUCUUUAAAGAAUGUAAUAACUUAUGAAAGUGAUUUAAUAUCCUAUACAUUUGUUUCUAUGUUUCACGUGAGACUAUUAUAUUAAUAAAUUUUUUAGAAACAUUAUUCAUUUAAUAUUGUUCUUCUUUGAUAUGUUAAAGUAUUGUGAGUAAUUGUUUGUGAUCUAGAGGAUCGUAAAUUAGUUUUUUAUAAAUUAAAAUCAUGUUCUGAUCAAAUUCAGAAUAUGAUAUAUGAAUACACUGUCCAUAUAUAUAUAGUAUAUAUUUAAAAAUUUAUAAUUAUUUGUAGAUUAAGUAAAAUUAAGUUAAGUGAUCUAAGAAGCAGGAACAAUAUGUUAUUCGAAUCCCUGCAUCUAAAAUAUUAGUACGUAGUAAAAUAUUUUUAUACACAAUACGUUUUAAAAAUUUAUAUACAAAAAUUAUCUGCCAAAUUAUUAUUUACUUAAUUCAAUUAUUACAACCAAUAUGUAUUUUUUUCGUAUACUUCAUACGUGUACGAAUUUAUAUCGUUUAUUAGAUAAUAUGAAUAUUACGAUAUUUCAAAUGAUGUCACAACUUGCUAAGAAUUGACCUGUGUCUUUCCCUCUAAUCUACAUAAUUAGGGAGAUAUUGAUAUUUUACGUGUUAGCUCGCCUCCGCCAUAUUUUACGACGUUUCAUACGAUGUAUUAUAAUCAAUUUAAAUUGAACUCGAAGUUUUUCAGAUUGUAAAGAAAAAAUUAAAAUUAAAAAAGAAAUAUCGUUCCAAUGUUUAAUUCGAGUAUAUUUGUCAUAUUAAAAGAUAUGAUUAAUUUCAAUCGAUGCAAUUAUUGAUCAUUUAUGAAUAUGAUUGUAAGCUAUAGCUAUCGAGCGCCACUCACCCAUGGUAAUAUACAAGUGACAAUACGUAAAAGAUAGUAAUAGAUAAGAAACCACUUCGUAAAGUCGACGUACGUUAAUUGCCUCGACAAAAAAAAUUGUUUUAAUAAACGCUUCCAUUUCACAGAAUUUUUCCACUUGUCUUUACGCAUUUAGAAAAAUUUUUACAUGAUUCAAAGGCUAAUACGCGUUAUUCUUAAUUAUGAAAAGAUGUUAAAUACGAAAUAAAAGGAAACAUUCCAAAUUACAUGGUAGAUGACCCUGAGGAAAAUUCGAGUAUGUAUACCAACAAUAUAAAGAAACAACCGAGAUCGACUAUAUACGUACAUACAUCAUACGUAUUUGCCAACGUGCUAUUUGCACUGUGAUAAUCCAUCUGCGAAAUAAUACUUGCAUGAAAACCAGUCGUUUUCUCUUUUCUUCUCUUUAGGAACUAUGAACCUGUUAAAAUACACGAUGUCAUUCACCCUCUUCAAUCGACUCACGUUAAUGUAUAUUGAGGCAUUUUUAAAUACUUAUCAUCUCAAUUGAUUAAUGAACGAAAAAAAUACAUUUUCGAUCAAAUGUAUAUAUGUAUAUAUAUAUAUAUGUAAUUGUCUUCAAGGAAAUAUGAAUCUUCCGUGCGAAACGUGAUGUCUUGAAUAACAUUGAUAUUCCUAACUCGUCGGAUGACUAAUUAGAAUUACAAUGGGCACAGAGGUGUGUAGAUAAUCGACCAUGCGUAUGCGAUUGCUUUACCAUCGUCGAAAAUAGCUUCAAUUAGAUAGAUUCAACGAGGAAAAAUCACGAAUUUUCUUCGUACCGAGUACAUACAAAUAUAAGCAGAUCGAUUAGAUGUUUCACUGUUCUUCCAAUUUUAUUUUUUCGUAUACGAAUUAUCAUAAAAGAAUGGAUAUUUGAAGUGUUCGAAAAAGACUUUAAUUAGAUUGUAUCGAUAAGCAGUAAAAAAGCAAAAAAUGUUGUUUCUGACAAAUUAUGUAAUCAUGAUCAUUUAAGAAUCGAUAGUUUUCUGUAAACUAUGUUAGUAAGCAGAUACAGGAAGAGAACGACUACUAUCGUGAUAUAUUUGAAACGACGUCAUCUAUACGGAUCAGUAAUUCCAUAUUUAAAACCGGGUGACCUUCGUACGUAAGAGAGACAGAGAUGAAAAGAAGAACGAGUUGUGAUGUUUUAUUCUUCUUUUUAUUUUCGUUCAAUCGUUGUCGUCACGUAUCUUGCGAGUAAGAAAGUUCCAUACGGAAGUCUAUUUCUAUGAAAUAAGAAAAUCUAUACUACAGUUAAUCAGAACAUUAUGAAUUUUUCGAAGGAAAAAAAAUUAUAAGAUAAAUCAAAAUUAAUUUUAUUGCUUUGAUAUUGUGUGUUAUAUACGUUAACAAAAAUUGAAUCGUAGAUACUUACAUUUUUUGCAAUCAUAGCCGGGUUUUUAAAGAUUUAAUGUACAUUCGACGAAUCGCAUUAAAACUUCCAAUAAACCGCAACGACGUCACACAGAUAAAUAGCUUAUUAGUCAUUAAUAGCUAAAGUCAGACGAAGCCAGCGUGUUUUGUGACUUUUAUUGUGGUGGAAUUUCUACUGACAAAUAAUAUUAUUUAUAUCGUAGUUCAUACAAUGGAAAGGUUGUAAAAUAUUUAUUACUUCCGGCUUUUCUUUUUUUCCAGAUUCGUGUACACACAUUAGUUGAUACUUGUUAUCUUUAAAAAUUUUUAUAGAGAAAUUUCAUUUAACGAAAAAUUCUCGAAUAAAAUAACGGGUUAAUCGAAAACAUAACUCAAUCAAUUAAUGAAUCAGAUUCUCCUAUUAUAAUUAAUAUGACGUCGUCAU